ACACAAAGAGAAAUAGAUAAGGGGAGAGCAGGAGUGGAGGAAAUCUGGAGGUGAGGAAACAGUGAUUACAGACCACAUGAGAAAUGGACAAGAGUGGAUAAGACAGGGGAUGAGAGCCCAUCAUACAGAGGCCAGUUCCAUAUCUUCCAGCUAAAAUGGGGGCUGGGCUCAAGGGCCCAGCCAUCCUGUCAGUGACCACAGGGCGGAUCUUCUGCAGCAUGGGAAAGAAGAAGCCAGAAUCAUGAAGGAAGUUGUCUGGUCACAAGGAGGUGGAGAUGGGGAGGUCCUGCCCCACUCUGUCCUCCACAUGAGAAGGCCCUGGGGUUGUGUGCCCCUUUACACUGAUUCUUCCUGACUCCUGAGCACCCCAGGGUCCCUGCACAGGGCUCCUCUCCUGCCUGAUGUCUCUGCUGGUCUCACUUCCGGGAGGGAAUCAGGCCAUGGCUUGGAUCCUGCUUCUGCUGAUGUCAGCUGCUUGUCUGCAAGCUGGUAACUCAGCAGGAUCCAACAGAGUAAAUGCCUUUGGGGUCAACCAACCAGCACACCUCUCUGGUGUCCCGGGCAGCUCCAUCGAGAUCCCCUGCUCCUUCUACUUCUCCUGGGAGUUGGCAGAGGAUCCGCAGAUGAGAAUUCUGUGGAGAUGGAAGCACUUCCAUGGGGAAAUUAUCUACAACUCUUUCUCGGGUUUCAUACAUGAGCAUUUCAAGAACCGUCUCUUCCUGAACUGGACACAGCCUCAGACAACCGGAGCCCUCAGAAUGGUGGACUUGACAGAGAAGGACCAGACAGUGUACUUCUGUCGAGUUUGUCUGAACACAAGACAUGGCGUGGAGGUGUGGCAGUCACAUACUGGAACCCAACUCACCAACUCACACUCAUGCCUGGCCACGUGCACACUAGACAAGGGCUCUGUCAUUGACUUAAACCUCACCUCCACUCCUGCCUAUUUUCCCCUUGAAGUACUGGGAUUACAAGUGCAUGGCAACACACACAGGUCUCUGGGGAUGCUGGGAAGAGGAAGUGUUGGAUCAGGAGUCCUCAGGCAGAUACAGAGGACACAUGAUGAGACUGCCCUACUGAGAAAAGCCCCCAGGACCACCUCUCCAAGCCCCACCUCUGCAACUUCUGCACUCACCAGAACUGCACUCACAGCCACAGAAGGGAAGAAGAGCGGGAAGAAUCAGACCCUGGGUCUGGGAACCAGAGUUGGGUUGGCAGUGGCUGCUGCUGUACUCCUGGCUGGGGUCUUGGGGUUGACAGUGUUCCUCAGGUGGAGGAGAAGGAAAGGACAGAGGACUAAAGCCGAAACCCCAGCCAGGGACCUCAUUGAAAACACUGAGAAUGUUGAACCUGAAGGACAAUAUAUGGACCCCAAAGAGAACCCCAAGGAUAAGAACAUCGUGUACGCCUCCAUUGCCCGCUCAAGUCCAGCCUCCCCAGGAACACCACCCUGCCAGCCCGUCCAUGGGAACCCCCAGGAAGAGACUGUGUACUCCAUCGUAAAGACCAAAUGAGUGGGUCUGGGUGACGAUCUCAGAGUCGCCUGUGUUUCUAAUAGGAAGACUCCCAGCUUCCACUGAUACCCACAGCCAGAGACAAAAUCUCAUGGGUCACUGAUAAACAUGGCCAGAGACAGAAAUCCACAUGUCAGGGCGUUUGAGCUCAGAGAAAUUGAGAAAAUCCCUGUUGCUUUUUCUAACUUCCUUGAUCUUCCUCACAAAAUAAA